UUUAGCAAAAAGGAAAGUUUGAUUACUUUACAGAAACUUAAAGAACAGUUUUGGUGUUUAUCAAUAUUGUUAAUUUAGGGCAGCUGUGGCAUAAACCUUACACACUGUGGUGAUUUUGAAAGGGUUAUCACACUCUUAAAACAAAUGUGUCAAUAUCAGGGUCACAGGUUUGUUGACAGCAUCAACACAAGUUUUAUGUUUGAAAUUUAAAUACAGUGAUAGUGUAAAAAACUGACACAAUAAGUGUAGUCCUUAUAUUGACACAUUACCGUUUUUAAAAAAAAAAAUAGAAAUGUGAAAAAAGCUGACACCCAGCUUUACAAAGGUCAAUAUUUACACAUUUGUAACAUUUGUAAUCAGGAGCACAUUACAUGAAAAUUGUAAAUGCAUAUAUUCAAGAAAUUUUAUAGGAAUAAAUUACUUCCAGUUGUUUUCAACAUCCACACGAAAAAAAAUCACGUUCCCAAUUUGUCUUUAUUUUAAAUAUAGGCAUAACAUUAUUAGUAUAAAAUAAUUAUAGGAUUUUUGAUAUACAUUGUCCUACUAUAAUACAAUUUUCCUUCCAAAAUAUUUUUUUUUCUAAAAUUAGGUUAUCAAAAAACAUUUUGGACAUUGUUAGCAUCCUAUAACUGCAUAUCUGGGAUUUAAGUACACUCUGUCUUCCUAACAUUAUGACAACAGACAUAAUGGCUGGUAAUAUGCAAGGUCAAUAUUUAUGCUAAUCCUUUCAAAAACAUGUUUUUCUCUAACUUUGUCAGAAACUUUGACAAUCAUCCAUUCCUUUGCCUUGGAUAAUAUCCUUAGUCCAAUCCAGGGCCGUGCAGAGAUGUUUAACGGGGCGGGUGCUAAAGUUAAAAAGGGGCACCUAGAACCAGGCUGAAGAGCAACAACACACGUUCAUGAAGAAUCAAAUAUGGAAACGCAUCAAACUAUAUCACUGUCAUCAGGUGGUGCCAAUGCAAAGCAAGCGUAGCCUAUGUUUUUGUCAUGGUCCCCGUGUCUGCCCGGCUGACCCAGGUUUGGCUACAUAUGUUUCUUGUUUUCCCCUCGCCGUGUGCCGCCUGGGCCGAGCUCAUUGCGGGCUCCCGCCCCUGGCCCUCGCACCUGUGGCUCGUCACUUCACCAGCGUCCACUACUUAAGGCAGUGGCUGGCAACAUCUCAUUGCUGGACUAUUGAGUAGCCUCGGAUUCUCUUUCCCUUGGAGCCCUGGGCGAGCUGAGUUGCUGGUGUGUUGUGUUUUUGGAAAUGUGUGAAGAGCCCCUGUUUCCGGACCUCCCCUGUGCCCCUCUGGAUUCCCCCUCUCUCUCAGCUGUAUAUAGUUGCACCUGGUGUUGUGUGUUAAUAAAAGGAACUGCAUUUAGCUUCCCUUGUCUGCGCAUGAGUCCAUGUGACAGUUUUACUGAUGGAUACAAUGUUGCUGUUGAGGAGUUGCUGCUGCUGCUGGAGGACAGGGCUGUGUUGAUCUGAGAAGGUAGACAUUAAAGAGUCCACAGGAGAGAUGGUAGCCGAUUAAACAAGUGUUAAGAGAUAAUAAUAAAAUGUAAAGACUGGGGACAGCGCUUGGAACCAUAAGACAACAAAACUGUGAGAAGUAAACUCGGCUCUGCCUGCGACUCACUCUUUGUCUCUCUUCCAUCUCCUCGUCUCAUCUAUCACUUUCCACUUCCUGUCCAUCUGAGAACGAGGCACAGUCUGCUAUUGAAUUAAUCUGUUAUUUAAUUAUCCACACUUAAAAACUCCUCCACCUAAUCCAUAAUAAAGUAAUGACAGAAAAAUGUUAGAGAACCAAAACAUUGUGUUUAUUAUUGUUUUUAUACUUGAAUGCAAUGCAACAACUGGUACAGGUGUUAUUGUGAUCUGUGCUCUUUGUAAUCCAGCUGCUGACGGAUCCACUGCCUCACACAGCGCCUUCUGUCACUGUUUCCUCCUCAUGUACUUACAGAGCAUGUCUGGACAAUAUUAUAUCAUGAGUAAUAAUUCAAAAAAAUCUAUACACAUAAAACACGCACAUACAGUGACAUUUUAUACCUUCUCGAGGAUACUGUACAUACUAUGGCCACAAGUUUGCAUCAUGGUGCUGAUCCAGAAUCCUUCCCUUAUUAUUUAUUCCUAGUGCUAUAAUAAUAAAGUAACAAGAAUAAAAAAAAAUGAAGUGAUAAAUAUAAAAUAAUGUAUUUAUGGUGAUUCAGUUUGUUUGACUAUCCACUCUGCAGAAAGUUUAUUAAAUGAGAUACAAUGUUGCUGCUGUAAAAUCAGCAUUUUAUCAUAUUUGAAAUAUAACUCUAAUAUAAUCUGUUUCUUAAUGCAUUUUCUUUAAAAGACGUGUGUGUGUUUAAUCAUAAUUAUAAUAAUCCAUAAUUUUGUUGAUAUGCAUAUUAGAUUAUUCAUAAUCUAAUAAUUUAUAAUUUAUAUUAUUUAUAUUUAGUGAAAUAUAAGCCUUCCAGAAAGGUCUGAGGUCGCUCAAACGGGAAAAAAAUGCACGUGGUCUUUGCGAGCUCGUUCCCGGGUCGUAGCACGCGCACUCUGCCGUCAAGUGCCAGCAUUGGUUAAUGAUAGUCAUGUGACUGAUGCAAGCCAGAUCCUUUUAUUUAGCAAAAGUGUGAUUAAUAGUUAAAUAUUAUUGUUGAGGGGCACAGGCAGGAAAAAGGGCACUUGGGGCACCCAUCAGGAAAGGGGCACGUGCUCAAGCCCCUUCCGCCCCCCACCCUCUGCACGUGCCUGGUCCAGUCCAUGAUGUUUUUUUGCACAUGUACUGCUCCUCCUGUCACUGACAGUUGCAUUAGGUGCUAAAUACAUGUGAGCUUUUACGCUAAUAUGCAAUCAUCCUUACUGAUGAUGUUACGCAUUAAAGAUUUGCUACAACUGUUUGAGGUCAGCACAUUUUGAGUUAAACAAGUUUGCAGCUUUUCAGAAGCUUGAGGCUUUCACACAAACUCAGUCACGAAUGUGUUUACAAUUCAGCAUUUUUUUCUGUUGACAUAGAAAAAGUGCAUAAUCUGACAACUUCCACAUGUACAUGAAAAUAUGACAGAUUUGCAUGUGGCCCCAGAAAUAACUGAUAUCCUACAAACAGAUAACAGUUAUGCUGUUUGUUUGUUUCUUAUUAUUUACUAUUAUGUAAUUUUAGCUUUAACUUUACAUGAAAUAUAUUUCGAUUAUACAACUUUUGUACUACUAAGCUACCUGUGUAGUAGUAUAAUGCAUGCAUAAUGCAUCAUAUGUGCCCGUCUAAAUUUUUUGUAAACUGGACUCUCUUUAAGAAAAAAUCCCAAUCUCAGUGAGACUAGCUGCUCAAAUAAUCCUGGACACGUCCCUGGAUGUCGUAGUCAGUGACUGAUCACAGGUGUGUCGACACCUUUCCAGAGUUCAUCUUCAUAAUAAUAUCUGUACCCCGACACCAUCCCCACAGUGGUUGGUGUCGGGUUAAAUAUAACUGUGGGAGUAAUGCGCUUCUGUGGGCAGCUGUAAUUUCCUCCUGACGCCAUAAACCGGUGUUCCUGUGUUCCGUCACUGUGACACUCAUGUAAUGAGUAAUGCGUCUUUACCCGGUCUCUAACUUCCGCAGCAUGAAAACGCUAACAUUUGGGCUGACCCUUGUUCGACAUGGGGAAACUCAGUACAACAAAGAUGGUCUGCUGCAAGGCCAGGCUAUAGACGCACCUUUGUCUGAGGCUGGGCUGCAGCAGGCAGAAGCUGCAGGGCGAUACCUCGCCGAUGUCAAGUUCACCAACGUGUUUGUUAGCAACAUGCUGCGGGCAAAACAGACCGCCGAAACAAUAAUGAAGCACAACAGCAGCUGUUCUGCUCUAGAAAUGGCGUGUGACGCCCUGCUUAUAGAAAAGAGCUUUGGGACAGCUGAAGGGAGGCGGUUACAGGACGUCAAAGACAUGGCCGAGGCGGCUGGUCAGACGUUUCCAGGCUUCACACCUCCGGGAGGAGAGACGCAGGAGCAGGUAAAGGAGCGGUUCAAAGAGUUUCUGGAGAAAAUGCUUCAGCAAAUUGGGGCCGAACACUUCAGCGAAAGAGGGCAGGACGAAACGUUGUUACCUGCUCUGUCACGGGCGUCUCCUACUGAGGGGAAGGCUGACGACGGGGUCAAGGAUAUCCCCGUCCAUGCUUUGGUGGUCACCCAUGGGGCUUACAUGUGCGUGGUGGUGCGCUACUUUGUGGAGGAAUUGCACUGCCGCUUACCUCAGGCUUCUGAUAAAGCACACGUGUUCUCUCUGAGUCCUAACACGGGCCUUUGUCGGUUUAUAGUAACCGUGAGAAAACGAGACGACGAGUUCAUAUUAUCAGGGAUCCACUGUGUUUUUAUCCACAGAGGGGACCACAUGAAACACACAUCGUGACCUUUUACAUCCUUUUCUUAGGGUUCAUUUAAACAGUAAUUAAAGCACCUUCGCUCAGCCUCAGAUCGUUUGUGUUGCAGGAAAUUUCAUCAUCACGUUGUUAUUGUCUGGCUGUUCAUUACUACAUACGUGGGCGAGUCUGUGGUUUAGUGAGGCCUCGUUUCUAAAUUUAUCCUGUAGGAGUUCAGAAAUCUGCAUAAGAACUCGGAGUAGUGUUUACUUUUUGGAAAUCAGUUACUUUUCCAUUGUUGUGAAUUAACACUUGAGUCAACAUGGACAAACGAAUGUUAUGACCCCAUUAAACUGUAGAAUGUGUGAUCGGUCUCUCUGUUGCUGUUUUUCAGUCCACACAUUUAUUUAUAGCAAAAACUGCUGUUUCUUAGAUAAAGGAGUCUGCGGCGCGUGCAACUACUGCGCCAAACAGUAGACGAUGAAAUAAUUUACUGAUGUAAAAAUGUACGUUUGCACCUGUGACGGUUCUUUGCUGAUAAAAUCGUUUCGAUAAACUCAGUUGGCACUGGUUGUUAUUUAUUCAUCUUUUCAUGUUGCGUACCUUUAAUUUUCAUUCCUGUAAG